UGAUCAAACAUCCCCCUUUUCUUAAUAUAAACAGCUGUUUUACAGAUGACUGCAGUUGCUUUUGUUGACAUAACAAUCAAGAUGGAUUCUCCAAGAAAAAGCAGCAUAGGAAAUUGUGAUUAUGAAGACGUCUACAAGCAUAGUUUCUUCAUAAAAUCACCACCAAUUCAUCUUUUUACCAAUCAGACUUCCUGGAAAAAGAGAUAUUUUAUCCUUUCCAAGACAGGUAAAAAUGGUUGUGUCUUGAGGUACCUUAAAGGUCAUCAGCUGAAAGGCUCCAUUGAAAUUAAUGAGGCUUCAGAAGUUGAAAUUGGCAUCAGUGAUACUGAGAAAAUGUCAACGGUGAAGAAGAUGUUUAAAUGCCAGCCCACAGAAGUGAUGACCAUCAGAACAGAGAAUAGGACCUUCUACCUUAUUGGAACAGACAGCAAGCACAUCGAGGAUUGGGCCACCUUUCUGUUUGCAGCCUGCAGAGGAAUAGAGAAACCUGAACUCAGAAGCCGGUCAUAUUCUUUACCAGCUGCUGCUACCACUGAGGAUGGCUUAUGUCCCAGCAAUGAAUAUGAAGAAUUAGAAACAGCUGCUUCCAAGAAAAGGCCAGCUUCAUAUCCUACUCCUCAAGUCUCCUGUGAAGAAAAGCAUAUUUAUGAUUCACCAAGAAAACUUUUAUUACGUCUACGGCAUCUAACAAGCGCUCCUCUUGAAGAACCUUUGGAAGAAAAUUGCAAAACAGAGAAUAUCUAUGUUUAUCCAAGGAGGGUUCUAGCCCAGUCAGAUGAUUUUUUGGCUGAAGUUAGCAUCAUGGAACAAUCUUCUAGCUCAGAUGAACUAAAGCUCAAAAGCAAUAAUGAAUAUAUGUCCAUGAAAGAACUGCUUUUAGGAGUCACAGAAGAGGACAUUCAGUCUGCAUGCAAAAAGAAUGAAUCAUCGACCCUUCCUGAAAGCCAGAAAAAGAGUUCAAAUACACAAGUACCAGAGGACAAGCCAAUGAAGCCAAUGCCACUACUGAGAACUUCCAAACCAGAAAAAAACUCCAAAAUAUCAUCACUGUCAGUAGUUCAAUUGUCCAUAAUUCUCAGUAAAAUCACAGAUGAUGACCAACUGGAGGAUGUGAAUAUUAUUUUCCCAUGUGGUGACUUUGUCAAUUGCUUGACACUUCUAGAAGCUUCUGGACAUAUAUGCAUCUCCCAGUGGAAUGAUCAGCAUCACUUAGGAUGUAUCUUUCAUCAAGGGGACUAUAUAAUGGCCGUGAAUGACCUGCAUGUCAAGAGCAUAGAUGAAAUUUCUUUGUUCACAAGUAGAUCCACAAGAAAAGAGAUCCAUACAGACAUCUUGAUCUCUUCUACCCAUGCCACUACCAAUCAAGUGAUCAAUGCCAUCAGGAGCUUGGAUCUCAAUAGUCUCAUGAAGGUGCUUCAUAAAAAGUCAUGUCUUUUUGAUGAAGGAACAGGGAAAUACCUGUAUUUUACCACUGUUCCAAUACAAAGUUAA